CAAAGUACCGCCUCCGAGCAAAAAAUCUAGUGUGCGGCUUUCACGGACUGUGACACAGGAACGUCCUUCCCCGCCGCCUUGAAUGCUCACGGGCAAUAAAACUGCAGUCAGACACUGGACUAGUGUGGAGUACAAGUUCAGGAUUGAAUGACGACAGACAGUUAAUCAGCAAGCCCUGAGCUGGCUGAUCUCAGAGCAGAGAGGAAACCUCGUUUGGGGUGAAAGUGAGGGAGCUCGGGAGAACUGUGGCCUGAAGGCAUUUCGCUUUCUGAGAUGUCAGUCAAACGAGCAGACGGGAUGUCCAUCGCCCAGGCUUUGGCCAUGACUGUAGCAGAGAUCCCGGUCUUUCUCUAUUCCACAUUUGGGCAGUCCAUAUUUUCUCAGCUGAAGCUGACCCCGAGCUUGAAGAAGGUGCUCUUUGCCACAGCACUGGGCAGCGUAGCUCUGGCUCUCACCGCUCAUCAGCUCAAAAGGCGGGGGAGAAAAAGGAAGCAGGCAACUCAAGGGAAGGAAGGCCAGAAGACAGUGGGAAUACCUGAGGCGCUGAAGACAGGAAGACCCUCUUCAUUAAAGAGAGGUCCAUUUACUGGUCGCCAGAUGAUGAGUCCGAGCACCAGGAGCAAUGACACCAUGAGUGGAAUUUCUUCCCUGGCUCCCAGUAAACACUCGAGUUCCUCACACAGCCUGGCAUCUAUGCGGGUCCCAAGCUCCCCAAAUCAGUCUGCUAAUCCAUCCACCCCCUGGGACGCACAGCCUGUGGUGGAAGAGUCAGGGGCAGUAGAGGAUGCUAAUGCAGAGAACCUGUAUUUAAUGGGGAUGGAGCUGUUUGAGGAAGCUCUUCGAAAGUGGGAACAGGCCCUGAAUAUUCGCCAUCACACCCACUCAACCUCCAGCAACAACAGCCUCGCUCUGCAAGGGGCAGCAUGUGGAGACUUUCCCAUGAUUGAAACCCGUAAUAAUGUGUUUGCUGAGAAAUUAGAGACACUACUGCACAGGGCGUACCACCUGCAAGAGGAUUUUGGCAGCAGUAUCCCAACAGACAGCGUGCUGGCGGACUUUGAGAGUGAAGGAACUCUUAUCUUGCCUCAAGUGGAGAGUUUCCACAUGCUGCAAGAUGAUGACGCGACUACUGUUACCUCUGACGACUCCUUUGUCUCGGCUGCAGAGGUGUUUGAUGCCAUGGCUCUAGAAGAGGUGUACCAGCCACUUAAGCCAGCAGCUCUUUAUGAAGAAGCCUUGUCUCUGGUCCAGGAGAGCAAAGUGACCUAUAGGUCCCUGAGGACUGAAUUACUUGAAUGUUACGGUGAUCAAGACUUCCUUGCCAAACUUCACUGCGUGAGACAAGCAUUCCAGGUCCUGUUGUUAGAUGAAUCUCAACGCACAUUUUUCAUGGAGACCGGGAAGCAAAUGAUUACAGGGUUAAUGGUAAAGGCAAACAAGAGUCCCAAAGCCUUCCUAGAGAGCUAUGAGGACAUGCUGCUUUACACUCAGAGAGAGGAAACGUGGCCCGUCACGAAGAUGGAGCUGGAGGGCCGAGGGGUGGUGUGUAUGAACUUUUUCGACAUAGUGUUGGACUUCAUCCUGAUGGACGCAUUUGAAGACCUGGAAAGCCCUCCCUCCUCUGUGGUAGCUGUGUUGAGAAAUCGCUGGCUCUCUGACAGUUUUAAAGAGACGGCUCUGGCAACUGCUUGCUGGUCGGUCCUAAAAGCAAAAAGGCGUCUGCUUAUGGUUCCUGAUGGGUUUAUCUCCCACUUCUAUGCCAUAUCAGAACACGUGAGCCCCGUUUUAGCUUUUGGGUUUUUGGGUCCCAGGCAGCACCUAAGUGAAGUUUGCACUAUAUUCAAGCAACAAAUUGUGCAGUACCUUAAGGAUAUGUUUGAUCACGACAAGGUCCGCUUCACCUCUGCCCAGUGCUUGGCUGAGGACAUCGUGAACCUUUCCCACCGCCGGAGCGAGAUUUUACUGGGGUAUCUGGGAAUUGAUAACCUUCUGGAGCUCAAUGGCGCCCUGCCCAGAGACACGGGGGGCUCUUCCGGGCCCAACUGAAACGACUAGGGUCACCAAGGG